CCCUGGAUCAAUAAUUUCAGUGGCUCGUAUAUAAAAUCUUCAAACAUUUUUGAGUGUAACUAACUAAAUAGGGCGUUUCAUCACAAAUUUUACGUGCACCUAACAGCUUUGAUACUUCACCAUGGCAGACCCCUGGGUAGUUCAGCCUCACGAGCACGCCAAGUUUGCGGAGCACUUCCGCAACCUCGGCCCGGUCAACGGAGCCCUGACAGGCGAGCAAGCUAAGAGGUUCAUGUUGCAGUCCCAGCUGCCGCCGCCGAUUCUGGGGCAGAUCUGGUCUUUGGCCGAUACCAACGCUGACGGCAAACUGGAUCUGAGGGAGUUCUCCAUCGCUUGCAAGAUCAUAAAUUUGAAACUGCACGGUAUUGAAAUACCAAAAGUGUUGCCGCCGUCGCUCCUCGCGUCUCUCAGUCCUUCAGGGGCUCAAAAGCAAAUCACACCACCUGCAAAGCCACCUAUCCCUCCUAUGCCCACAAUGCCACCUUCCAUCCCUUCUCAACCCCUCAUCUCGUCCCUGUCGUCUCAACCCCCAACCAACCAAUCCCUACUCGGGGAUUUCGACGCCCCGCCCCAACAAACAUCAUCACCCUUAAUCCCACCGCUGACCCCCCCAAAUAAACCUGUCCCCGACCUAAUUUCGGGGGCCAAACCUCUGAUAGACAAUCAACCUUUAAUGUCAAAGCCAAUUAUACCCCCGGCGCCAAUGACGGCUCCCAUGAUGGCUUCUCAGCCUAUGAUUGCGCCAACUCAACCCCUAAUCCCCCCAACUCAACCCCUGAUCCCCCCAACUCAACCCCUGAUCCCCCCAACUCAACCCCUAAUCCCGCCAACUCAACCCCUAAUCCCGCCAACUCAACCCCUAAUCCCCCCAUCUCAACCCCUGAUCCCCCCAACUCAACCCCUAAUCCCCCCAACUCAACCCCUAAUCCCGCCAACUCAACCCCUAAUCCCGCCCACUCAACCCCUAAUCCCCCCAACUCAACCCCUAAUCCCCAACCAGCCGUUAACCGGCCCCCCCAUUGUCCCCUCAUCGCAGCCACUCGCAGGGGGUACAACUGUACCCUCACUGGCCGGCAGCCCCCCACAAGCAAUCAACACUGUGGCCGGGUCGAUGGCGACGCAACCGAUUACUUCCACGCCCAUUACGACCGUAAAGAGUGAUCCGAUUUCUAAACCUGGAUCAGUGGUGACAAGUCCCACUGAGCUUCCCAUGGGCGUGGUCAGCCCCCCACCUUUGGAGUGGGGCAUUCCACAACCGCAGAAACUUAAGUACACACAGUUGUUCAACGCCACCGACCGAGCCAAGACCGGCUCCGUGUCCGGGGUUCAAGCUCGCUCCAUAAUGCUGCAGUCUCGUCUGCCGCAGCAGGCACUGGCCCAGAUAUGGGCGUUGGCCGAUUUGGACUCCGACGGUAAACUCGGGUGUGAAGAAUUCGUCCUAGCCAUGUAUCUGUGCGAGAAGGCGACACAAGGCGAGCCCGUCCCUGCCAAACUGCCCCCGGAACUGAUACCACCAUGUUUCCGUCGCGAAUCGGUGACGUCAAUAAGCAGCGUGACGUCAUACGAGGAGAGGCGCAGGGAGAACAUGGCGCGGGGGCAGGCGGAGCUCGAGAGGAGGAGGUCGCAGUUGGCCGAUGCUAGGAUUAAAGAGAAGGCUGAACGCGAAAGGAAAGAGAGGGAAGAAGCCGAGAAGAGGGAGAAGGUGCGAUUGGAAGCGCUCAAGAGGGAGCAGGAGGAGAUGAUGCGGAAACAGAAGGAGGAACAGGAAAAAAGAGAAGCUGCAAGGAAAGAGAUGGAGAGGCAAUGUCAGCUGGAGUGGGAGAAGAAGAGGACCAGGGAAUUAGAAGCGAUGCGCACAGAGGAACAGUCCAAGGUUCUAUCGCUGAAGGCAAAGAGUCAAUCUCUGACCGCGGAAUUGAACACGGUGACCGUGAGGGCCGGGAAUCUGGCGAAAGACAUACGGGAGACCAGGACCGCCGUCGCGGCAGCCAAGUGCACCAUAGACGGGAUGAGGUCAGAGCGUGACUCCAGCAUGUCUGAACUGCAACAGCUGAAAGCCAGGGUGAAGGAGCUGAACGCCAAGCAGAUAGCUCUGAACAAGGAGAAAGCCGAGUUGGACGCUAAGGCGAAAGCGUCAGAGGGCGCUGGUGAGGAUGGCAAACUGAACAUGAUGGAGGUCACAUUGAAACAAUUGAGAGACAAGGUGGAAGCGACAAAGGCGAUAAUCGAAACAAAAAAAACGGACUUGGAGACGAACGAACAACAGUUAUCGUCCCUGAACGAAACGGUGCAACAGCUGAGCGAGAAAUGCAGCAAGGUGUGGGAGCUGUACGAGACGAGGCGCGCCGAGUUCCGCGAGAGGAGCACCGCGCCCGCCGAGACGUGGGCGCCUGAAGCAGCAUGGGGCGCUUCCGAAUCGGCUUGGGGCGACGACGGAGCCGCAGCCGAAGACACUUGGGGUGACGCCGAUACAACUACAGCGACCGAACCCGUUGUACCGUCAACAACAACAACCACAUCAGCCGCUCCAAAAUGGCGGUGUGUGUACGAAUUCUCGGCUAGAACGCCCGACGAGUUGAGCUUGCAACCGGGCGACCUGGUGAGCGACGCUCCAGCCCCUAGGGGGGACGCUGAACCGGGCUGGAGAUGGGGUGCAGCCAGAGGUCAGACAGGAUGGUUCCCUGAAUCUUACGUGGAAGACAUCAACGCUCCAGCGGCAUACGAUGCGGAGGUCAUCGAACCCGCCGAGACUAAAACUCAGCUUGAAGGUAUAGCUGAGGUACCCGAAGCGGAAAUAGCCAACGAUCUAGGAGGCGCCAUGCCACCUGUUGAAGGUGGUGAUUUCUACAUAGCGGCUUACCCAUACGUUUCGGCUGAACCCGGCGAUUUGACCUUCGAGGCCGGCGAGAGGAUCGAGGUGGUCAGGCGGGACGGUGACUGGUGGACGGGGCGGAUAGGCAUCAGGACCGGGAUAUUCCCUUCGAACUAUGUUACCAAAGACGCGACAACUACGGCGAGCUCUAUAACCGCCAUACCGGAAGCGGCCGAGCCCGAGCCGGAACCGGAACCUGCGCCCGCGCCGCCGCCCGCUCCAGAACAGAAAUCGUCGACGCCCGUGUCGUCCGAGGUGGCUUCCAUCACGUCGGUGCCGCGGCCGGGCUCCGCCGCGCGCCGCGACUCGGGCCGCGACUCCGCCGCCGGCCGCCGCAAGCUGGACGUGGCGCAGGCCGUCGCCGCAUACACGCCCACCAGUUCAGAACAGCUGGCCCUGCAGAAAGGCCAGCUGCUGGUGGUGAGGAAGAAGGCGGACAGCGGGUGGUGGGAGGGCGAGCUGCAGGCCAAGGGCAGGAACAGGCAGGUGGGCUGGUUCCCCGCCAGCUACGUCAAGAUCCUACAAUCGUCGGGACGCACUUCAGGCAGAACGACGCCUGUACUAUCCAAAAUGGACACGAUGCCAGCGGAGACUGUCAUCGAUAAGGUGAUAGCUCUAUAUCCGUACACUGCUCAAAACGCAGACGAGUUGAGUUUUGAGAAGGAUGACAUUAUAGCCGUGACGGAUCGCAGUCAGGACCCGGCGUGGUGGCAGGGUGAAUUGCGAGGCAUGACAGGAUUAUUCCCAAGCAACUACGUCACCAAACUUGUCAACUAAAAGCUACCAAAAUGGUAGUAAAUAGUAGAAAAUAGACGCAUAUAAUGUUACCAUGUUAUUACACUAAUAUUUAAUCAAUUUUCAAACUUGUUAGUUUAGCACACAUGUGAUCACGUUUCCCUUUCUCGUAGGGGUAGGCAGAGACUACAUAUUUCCACUUGUCACGAUCCCUGCAUACUUUUUCUUCAUCCUCAUUCGGUUUAUAUGGUACUUUUAAACUGACCAUUUCUGUUUAAUGUGUAGUAAAAAUAGUUCGGUCAUGUAAGGUACAUGUAUUAUUAUGUAGGUAAUGUAUUCAUUCCAAUAUUAUUAAGUACAAAUGUUGCCAGUUUCGCGUGUAUUGCCAUGUUAUAUGUUUAUGUAAUCGAUUGUAGUAGUUGUUUGUUGAAUAAAGAUUAUAGUCGCUUUAAAAAA